GUGGAGGGAAGAGCAGGCUGGGGAGGAGCACAGGAGGCCAGGAGGCCAGAAGGCCAGGGACCACAAGAAACAACACGACAAAGACAGAAAAAACAGGACAGUGACAGGAUUGAGACAAUCACAAUGAUGUGCAGAAAACCUGCUGUAUGUGUACUGUCAAGCGCUGACAUGGAGGACAAGGAAUGUUCAUCCGUGAAGUAUUUUGUGCGACGGGAGGUUCUGAGUGAGUUACGUCUGGAAGAAGUGGCGCAAAAAGGAACAUGGACCGAAAAAUCAACCCUGGGCGAUAAUGUGAAAGAGUACCUAAGGUGUUCGGUGCCCAGGGUGAAAAAGACAGUGCAGAGCUGGGUGCCUGUGCUCAGCUGGCUGCCUAAGUACUCCAUCAGAGAAAAUGCCUUGGGAGACCUGAUCUCUGGCUGCAGUGUGGGCAUCAUGCAUCUACCGCAGGGCAUGGCGUAUGCUCUCCUGGCCUCUCUUCGUCCCGUGUUUGGCCUGUACACCUCCCUCUACCCGGUGCUGAUCUACUUCAUCUUUGGUACUUCCAGACACAUCUCCAUUGGUACGUUUGCUGUGAUCAGUAUCAUGGUUGGGAGUGUGACGGAGAGGCUGGCACCAGACAGUAACUUUAUGGUAAAUGGCACCAAUGGGACAUCAGAUGUGGACAUUGAUGAACGAGAUGCCUACAGAGUACAGAUAGCAUGCGCCCUCACAGUCCUGUCAGGAAUCUUUCAGAUCCUGUUGGGUGUGGUGAAGUUUGGUUUCGUGGUCACCUACCUGUCUGAGCCGCUGGUUCGUGGCUACACCACAGGAUCUGCAUGUCAUGUGUGCGUCUCCCAGCUCAAGUACGUGUUUGGAGUCAAACCGUCUCGCUUCACUGGUCCUCUCUCCCUGAUUUAUACUCUGUUGGAUAUUUGCGGGCUGCUACCUCAGACUAAGGUGCCGGAGUUGGUGGUCAGUCUGGUGGCGCUCACUGUUCUCAUUAUAGUCAAAGAACUCAAUGCCUGCUACAGACAGAAGCUGCCUAUGCCUAUCCCAAUAGAGCUCAUAGUGAUCAUUGCAGCAACAAUCAUCACCCACUUUUGUGGACUUACUAGUGACUACAACAUCGACGUGGUUGGAGAGAUUCCCAGUGGGCUCAAGGCCCCUCGUGCUCCUGACGCGACUUUGUUCUCACAGGUGAUCGGCGAUGCUUUUGCUAUUGCCAUUGUGGGCUAUGCCAUCAAUAUUUCUCUGGGCAAAACAUUUGCCCUCAAACAUGGCUACAAGGUGGAUAGCAACCAGGAGCUGGUUGCUGUCGGUCUCAGUAACACUAUUGGCGGCUUUUUUCAGUGUUACUCUGUGACUUCCUCCUUGUCUCGCAGCCUCGUCCAGGAGAGCACAGGGGGCAAGACACAGGUUGCAGGAGUGAUUUCGUCCGUCAUUGUGCUGAUCACGGUUUUGAAAAUAGGUGCUCUCUUUGAGGACCUCCCCAAGGCUGUCUUAUCUACAAUAGUGUUCGUGAACUUGAAAGGAAUGUUUAAGCAGUUCGAGGACUUGCCUCAACUGUGGAAGACCAACAAGGUUGAUUUGAUGGUGUGGCUGGUAACAUUCACAAGCACUGUCCUGCUCAACCUGGACUUGGGUCUGGCUGUCUCAGUUGGCUUUUCCAUGCUCACUUUCAUCUUCAGAACGCAACUGCCCCGCUACUCUAUCUUAGGCCAAGUGAAGGGCACUGACUUGUAUCUGGAUGUAGACACCUACAAGGAGGCCAAAGAGAUUCCAGGAAUUAAAAUCUUCCGUUCAUCCGCAACUAUCUACUACACGAACGCUGAGAUGUACUCGGAGGCCCUGCAAAAGAAGAGUGGAAUUGAAAUCGGGAAGCUGCUGACAGCGAAGAAGAAGCGAGACGCAAAGCUGAAGCGUGAACAGGAGAAAGAGAAAAAGAAAGCUAAAAAGGAGGCAAAGAAACAACAAAAAAAAGCGGUUGGCAACCUGUCCAAUGGCACGCUUUCUUUGAAGGAGAAAAAUGAAGAAAAUGUCUCUGCAGGACUGAAGGGACAAAGUCAGGGGAAUGGUGUAGCCUUAAGCUUGACAGAAACCUCUGCAAAUGGCUUCAGUAAAGGCCAAGUAAACUGGGCCUACAAACAUGACACAGCAAUGUCAGACUCAGAUUCAGACACGGCAUGCCAUGGUGAUGAUAGCAUCACCCAGGUGUCACACCAAGAUGACGAUGAGAAGGGAGGGGCCUCUGGCACACACAGCAUCAUCUUGGACAUCUCGACAACCAGCUUUGUGGAUACAGUCGCUGUGAAGACCUUGAAAAAUACAUUCAGGGACUUUGGAGAGAUUGAUAUAGACGUCUAUCUAGCGGGCUGCCAAGCCUGUGUUGUGGAGCAGCUGGAAAUGGCAGGUUUCUUCUCAGAGUCGAUCCCAAAGAGCAGGCUGUUUGUCACAGUUCAUGAUGCAGUGCUCCAUAUUCUUAAGGGGAAGGAACAGACGGACUUCAUCCUCGAUGUUAUCUGCAGCACCCAUAUGUGACCAGCAGGGGUCAGACUGUUCCAACUCUCACCAUCUUCCUCCUCAUCCUCCUCCUCUCAUCCUGAUGGCUGCUCCAUUGCCCACAAUUGGCCGUCAUUGACUCCUCCCCCUUCAGCGGGGGAAAAUGCACCACCUUGACACUGCGGCCUGUUGCCAUGGAAAUACAGGGAGCCGUUGCUGUGGCAACAGGCUUUUUAUGAUAUCGUCUAAUGAGAUAGCCAGCAAUACGUCACUGCAGCUCUCUCGCUCUGUGGUGUGUGUGAGAGACAGAGAAGGGGCGGGGGUUGAGUGGGAGAAUGUAACACAGGACUAAUAGGAGUCUGUAUUUAUAGCCUGUGUGAGAGAGUAGAGAGGGAGUGAAAGGCUGACUGUAAGGUGAAACUCAUAUCUGAGAGAUGUUGUCGUGAAACGACGGUGUGUGUGCAUGUGUGCGAGUCUGUCUGCUGUCUGACUGUCUAUAUUCUGCUGUCUUGGCCUUCCUGUUCUUUUAGGAAAGGAAAAAAGCAAAUGUCUUCCAUGAUGAAUGAAUAAAUUGUAAAUAUUUGUCAUUGAUAUGGCUGAGCCAUUCCCUCUGGGAGGGGUUCAUGAUCCUUAGAUUACCAUUAAUUUGCUCCAAAAGAUUGUGAGACUCAUCUGAAUUGUACAUAUUGUGAAAUAGGUGUUACGUUUAAAAAGAGCAGCAGCUUUUAAACACAGUGUGGGUGUGUUCAUAGUCAGUACUCACACAUCUGAUUCCCCUGACAUCUUGAGUGCCCCUCUAUUUCUGGGAUCCUGUGUCAUGUUAUCAUCUGAUAUCACAAUUAUCUUCUAGCAUUUGCAAAACACUGUAUUGUAGUAUUUCCCAUGUCCAACAUCAAUUUGGGUAGGCUACCAAAAGAGCUUUGUGCCAAGCCAUAAAGACUUUUAUUUUUUUGCUUUAAAAAAUGUACGAUGUUGAAGAAUGUUUUGAAGUUCUGCAUGACAGGUGCAUUCAUGUACAAUUCAAUAGAUUGGAGAAAUUAGUUUCCUCAAAGCAAAGCUGUUUUUAAGCCGACUUUCAGUAGGAUGUCAGGGCUUCAACCUGAAGAUAACACCGAUAGCCAGGAAUCCUCUAAUUAUUUGAUUCUUGGGUUAAACACUCCACUGUAAUAAUGCCAAGUGAAUUAAAUAAACUUAAAAUAAAUUACAGGACGCACAUAUUUCCUGUUUGUCAGAGUGAGCUGCUCAAAGUUGAGCUCACCAACUGAUUAAACUUCUAGCUAGAAGCUUUACAAAGCAAAUUGUCUUUGAAAUGUCUCUUGGAGUUUUUUUUAUACAUGUGUAGAGGAGUAAUAUUUUUAAUGUGAUUGAACAAAAAUCUGUACAUAUC